UGCAAUAUUUUUUUACAUGAAUCUCUCGCAAAAAUAAAUCUUGCAAGAAAAAUGACGAAUCGAUUUUUACUAUGUUUUAUGUUUGUUUUAUUAAAUAAAGUUGCGUUUUCGCAUCAAGAAAAAUCAGGCUUGCACGUCUUUUUAGACAGCAUCGAGUGUGUGGCAGCAAAACAAUCUUGGGGUUGCGUCAAAGACAAAAUCGCUCGUUCAAUAGAUUAUUGGAGCGAAAAUCUCAAAAAUGAAAAAGAAGCUUUCAUCGGUGAAUUGGAUGACGAGCUAACGAAUUUGACGAAUCGCCAAUCACGCAAACUGGAUGGCAUCGAUGAGAAACCGAUGGAAAUAAUCACGUCAGCAUUGAAAGACGUAGAGGAAAUCACCGAAACAAUUUCUAAUGGACUAAAAAGUUUGGAUCCCGAAAGCGACGAACCCAUCGAAGAAACCGCAGAAACGGCCGAAGUUGAUGCAAGUCCCGCAGAAGGUCGUCAAUCGGGCGGCGGAAAGGGCGGCAAAGGCGGCAAAGGAGGUAAGAAAAAGAAAGGCGGAUAUUACAUCGAACACGAUGAUCAUGAUGAUCAUUACGAUGAUGAUGACGAUUACGGUUAUUAUUACGGAAAAGGCAAAAAGGGCGGAUAUCGCGGCGGCAAAGGCAAGAAAAAGAAGGGAUACAUGAAGGUUUUCAUGGUUGGCGCUGCUCUCAAAGCCAAACUCGAGAUGCUGUUGAAGCUUCUUUCGUUCCAUUUGCAGUUGAAAUUCUUCGCGAUCGCCGCUAUCGGACUCAUCGUCAACAUCGCUCGAUUCUGGCUCGAUGUCAAGAAGGGACAAGCACCUCAAAAGGUAAUCUAUUAUGAACACGCUCAACAUCAACAUCAUUACGAUGAACAUGGAGGCGGCGACGAUUGGAAUGGCGGCUAUUGGAAGCGAACGAAUGAUCCGUAUGCUUACAACAAUGGCUACGACAUAAUUCACGAUCAGAAAGCCUAA